AUAGAAAAUAAUGUGUGAUUGUUUAUCAUCUUUUUCUUUAGAAAAUAAAAAAUAAAAAAUAUCUUGAUAUAGGAAUUUGUCACGCAUUCUUCUAUCUCCUCUAUAUAUACACACCCUUUCCUUCUGCGGCUCUGCCAGCAAACUUAAAAGAACAAACCAGAAGCCCUCUUUCAUCCCAUUACACCCACCACCACAUAUACAUACAUAUUUCAACCUCCACUAUAACCGCAACGAAACGAUCGGUGCUACCGUACAGGGUGUGGCACAACACGUAUACGAAAGCAGAAUUGCUUCUGUAUGUCAGUAGAUUGUACGCACUGCAACUACUACUAUUACGGUGGAUUUACUGAGCUUGCUAACCCCUUACAAUGGCCUCAGCUUCGAAAACGACGUCGCAUUCCUCCGAUCAUCAUUCUCUUCCAAUUGCCUCCGCCUCCGCCGACGUCAUCGUCGUCGACGAUUGGAGUAACGACGAUCGACCGCUUCCGAUCAACAAUCCCGUAAUCAACUCUUCUGAUCCUUCGUCUACUGCUUCCACUAAAGGAAUCCAAGUCCUCACAAGGGCUCAAAGCAGUCAUCCUUUGGAUCCAUUAUCUGCCGCUGAAAUCAAAGUAGCCGUUGCAACUGUCAGGGCCGCUGGAGCAACCCCUGAGGUCAGAGAUGGCAUGCGAUUUGUGGAGGUGGUUCUAUCAGAACCAGAUAAAAGCGUUGUGGCGCUUGCAGAUGCGUACUUCUUUCCACCGUUCCAAUCAUCAUUGUUACCCAGAAGCAAAGGAGGAGCUGUAAUACCUACUAAACUUCCUCCAAGGAGAGCUCGGCUUGUUGUUUAUAAUAAAAAAUCAAAUGAGACAAGCGUAUGGAUCGUUGAAUUAUCUGAGGUACAUGCAGCAACUCGCGGUGGGCAUCACAGAGGAAAAGUCAUUUCAUCACAAGUAAUCCCAGAUGUACAGCCUCCCAUGGAUGCUGUGGAAUAUGCUGAAUGUGAAGCUGUUGUGAAAGAUUAUCCUCCCUUUCGGGAGGCUAUGAAGAAGAGGGGUAUCGAUGAUAUGGAUCUAGUGAUGGUUGAUGCUUGGUGUGUGGGAUAUCACAGCAAGGCUGAUGCUCCUAGCCGCAGACUAGCAAAACCACUUAUAUUUUGUAGGACGGAAAGUGAUAGUCCGAUGGAAAAUGGAUAUGCACGUCCAGUUGAAGGAAUAUAUGUUCUUGUUGAUAUGCAAAAUAUGGCAGUGCUUGAAUUUGAAGACCGUAAGCUUGUUCCCCUUCCACCAGCUGAUCCGUUAAGAAACUACACUCCUGGUCAUACACGAGGCGGCGUUGACCGCAGUGAUGUAAAACCUCUACAUAUUCUUCAGCCUGAUGGACCAAGCUUCCGUGUUAAUGGGCACUAUGUAGAGUGGCAAAAGUGGAACUUUCGCAUCGGUUUCACUCCGAGGGAGGGUUUGGUAAUACAUUCGGUUGCAUAUGUUGAUGGUAAUAGAGGUAGACGACCGAUAGCUCAUAGAUUGAGCUUUGUGGAGAUGGUUGUGCCUUAUGGUGAUCCAAAUGAUCCGCAUUACAGAAAGAAUGCAUUUGAUGCUGGUGAAGAUGGCCUUGGAAAGAAUGCUCACUCUCUUAAAAAGGGAUGUGAUUGCUUAGGAUAUAUCAAGUACUUUGAUGCACAUUUUACCAACUUCAUUGGAGGUGUUGAAACAAUUGAAAAUUGUGUAUGUAUGCAUGAAGAGGACCAUGGAAUCUUAUGGAAGCACCAAGAUUGGAGAACUGGCUUAGCUGAAGUUCGACGAUCCCGACGACUUACGGUUUCUUUUAUAUGCACCGUUGCAAACUAUGAAUAUGGCUUCUAUUGGCAUUUUUAUCAGGAUGGAAAGAUUGAAGCUGAAGUUAAACUCACUGGAAUUCUAAGCUUGGGAGCAUUGCAGCCAGGAGAAGUUAGAAAAUACGGCACUACAAUUGCACCAGGACUGUAUGCACCGGUUCAUCAACAUUUUUUUGUUUCUCGAAUGGAUAUGGCGGUUGAUUGUAAGCCCGGAGAAUCAUACAAUCAGGUUGUUGAAGUUGAUGUUAAAGUCGAGGAACCUGGAAACAACAAUGUUCAUAAUAAUGCAUUCUACACACAAGAAACAUUGCUUAAAUCUGAAUCUCAAGCAAUGCGGGAUUGUAAUCCGUUAUCUGCUCGUCAUUGGAUUGUUAGAAACACGAGAACCGUGAAUCGAACGGGGCAAUUGACGGGGUACAAGCUGGUACCUGGUUCAAACUGCUUGCCUUUAGCAGGUUCAGAAGCCAAGUUUUUGAGACGGGCCGCUUUUCUAAAACAUAAUCUGUGGGUUACACCAUAUGCAGCUGGUGAGGAAUUUCCCGGAGGAGAGUUUCCGAACCAAAACCCACGGGUUGGUGAAGGUCUGGCCUCAUGGGUCCAGAAAAACCGAUCUCUUGAAGAAACUGAUAUCGUCCUCUGGUAUGUGUUUGGGAUCACUCAUGUUCCUAGGUUGGAAGACUGGCCUGUAAUGCCAGUGGAGCGGAUUGGGUUUAUGCUUCAGCCACAUGGGUUCUUUAAUUGCUCUCCGGCUGUCGAUGUUCCUCCUGGAGCUUGUGAGUCAGAUGUGAAAGAUACGAAGGCGGUUUCAAAUGGGUUACUAGCUAAGCUUUGAUUUGAUCUUAAUUUGGUGUAUGAAUGUGAACUAGUACAACCUUUCGUUUGGUUUAUAUACUUUUUUGUUGAAUUUGUGUUUAAGUUUAUACCUCAUGUUUGCGCA